CAGACAGCAAAAAAUGAUGACGAAAUGCACAUAAGAAGACAAAAUGGCGACAGAAAGUCGUCGAAGUCUUAGUUACUUCGACAUGAUUUUAGUUAUAUUUCUCAUUUAUGUGUCAAUAGAUUUGAGUGAAGGUUUAAGAUGCUUCUGCAGCCCGUGCCAUGGAAGUUUGGAUUUUAACGAGACUUGUCUUGCCCAACCCAACAGUAUGUGCUUUGCAUCAAUACGGGCUAUCUUUGAGAAUGGGGAAAGAAUUCAUGAACUUGCCUAUGGCUGUUUGCCAAAUUUUGAAGGUGGAACUACUAUGCAGUGUAAAGCUAACCUGGUGCCACAUAGCGUGCCAACUGCCAUAGCGUGUUGUGAUAACGAAGAUUUGUGUAACAGAGGUGUCGUACCGAUAUAUGAUGAGAGAUCAACCACGCCCAGGCCAGAUAAUGAGCCAAAAGAGUACAAACGGUAUGAGAACUUGACUCAGAUUGCGUUGCUCGUCUCUGUAUCUGUGUGUCUCAUCGUUCUUAUUGUCACGGCAACAUUUGUUUAUUUAAGGUACAGGAAGCGUGAAAUAGAACAACAGGAAAUGAUAAAUGACAUAGAGAAAGAAGUGAUUUUACCACAAGAUGAGACUUUGUCAGAAAUGAUAGAUCAUUCUUCAGGGAGUGGUUCAGGAUUGCCGUUAUUGGUUCAGAGAACAAUAGCCAAACAGAUACAGCUGACUAAAACCAUUGGUAAAGGAAGAUAUGGAGAGGUGUAUAAGGCUAAGUGGAGAGGAGAGAAUGUUGCUGUGAAAAUAUUUCUUACCACAGAAGAGGCCAGUUGGCUCCGAGAGACAGAACUUUAUCAAACUGUGCUGUUACGUCAUGAUAAUAUAUUAGGUUUUAUAGCUGCUGAUAUAAAGGGGACAGGCUCGUGGACCCAGCUGUUCCUCAUCACAGACUAUCAUGACAACGGGUCACUGUACGAUUACCUCAGCGAGAACACACUCGAUCAUCAUGACAUGCUAAAAAUAGCUCAUUCCAUUGCCUGCGGCUUGUCGCACUUACAUACAGAAAUAUUUGGUACAAGAGGAAAACCAGCAAUUGCUCAUAGAGAUAUAAAAACAAAAAACAUUCUUGUGAAGAAAGAUGGUAGUUGUUGUAUAGCUGAUCUUGGACUGGCAGUGAAAUAUGUCAGUGAAACAAGUGAAGUAGAUGUAGCACCAAACACACGACAGGGAACAAAACGCUACAUGCCUCCAGAGGUGUUAGAAGAAUCUAUAAAUAGAUUCUCAUUUGAUGCAUACAAGCAAGGGGAUAUGUAUUCAUUUGGUCUGUGUUUGUGGGAGAUUGCAAAAAGAACAGAAAUAGGGGGGGCUGUAGACGAGCAAGCGAUACCAUAUCAAGAUUUGGUGCCAUCAGACCCAAGCUUUGAGGAGAUGAAGAAAGUAGUGUGUAUGGACAGAGCACGACCGAUGAUACCAAACAGGUGGCUCAGAGAUGAUUACAUGAAGGUGAUGAUGAAGGUGAUGGCCGAGUGUUGGAGUGCAAACCCAGCAGCAAGACUUACAGCGUUACGUGUGAAGAAAACUCUUUCAAAAUUGGAAGAAAUUCUCGAAGCCACAGAAAAAAUUGCAAAACUUCAGUCCAUACAACCGUGACAGCAUCAGAAUGCUUAAAUGAUUCAAACAUGCAAUGUCGAGAUAAAAUGGCAGAAUUGCAAAACUUAUUGGUCUGUACAGACUUGACUGUAGCAAUAUGCUAAAAUUAUCUAAAUACAUAGACUGCAGAUAGAACAUGGUGCUUAGAAGUGAUGUGUCACAAUCUCCAAAUAUCUGGUGAAGAGAGAGCGAGCAAGCAUGGACAAUGUUAUUGAUUGUUUCCUCAACAAGUACCUUUUAAUACAGGUUCAUUUUUGCAGGUCUUGAGUCUUAAUGUGCUAAUAGUGAAACUAUUAAAGCUGAAAUUUGAAUUAAGAAGGCAUAUUAUAAACCUUAUCUAGGCAUAUUAUAAACUUAAUAGAUUGAUUGAAACAGGUUUUACUUUAUAUAAAGCAAUAUCGAGUAUGCUGUUUUAAUUAUAUCGCAAAUAUAGCAUUUACGUGUAUCAAAAUCAACUUUUUAUUACAUUUGUUAACAUUUUAUUUCAUCUUUAUGAACACAAAGAAAUUUUGCUAAUUGUCUUUGGGUUGAAUUAAGUUUUAUAAAGUGGUAUUUUUAGCCUUGUUUUCAAUGUUUGUUGUGAUAAAAAAAAUUUAAACUUUU